AUGUUUCUAAAGGCUAACAUUGUGUACCAGAAAGGAAAACAUCAAGUGGCAGUAAUGUGCGGAUCAGCAGUGGAAGUGGAUGACGAGUGCAGCUCUGGUCAGUACACCAGCAGCGGGGAGUGCUGUAUAGAAUGUCCACCUGGGGAAGGGGUGAUCACGGCAUGUGGAGCCACUCAGACUGUGUGCGGCCAGUGCCUCGACAGUGAGACGUACUCAGCCAAUUACAGUCACACGGAGACCUGUCAGCCGUGUACAGAAUGUGAAGGCCUGAUGCGAAUAAAGACGCCGUGCACAGAUUCCAAUAACGCCGAAUGCGUGUGUGAUUACGGCUUUUACAAAAACCUAGUGUCGGGCCAGUGCGAGCCGUGUACGGUGUGUCUUCGAGGAGAGGGCGUCUUCAUGAGCUGCGAGCAUUACCACGAUACAGUGUGUGAACAAUGCGUGGAUGCCACCUACUCGGACCAGGAGAGCUCUCUGGACCCCUGUCUGCCCUGCACGUUCUGUGACGAAGGGGAGGUUGAGACGAGGGGGUGCUCACCCAGCGCUGAUGCCAUUUGUUUCGAUCCGAAUGCACCGACCAUGGCGACGACCACCUUCCUUCCCGAGUCAUCGUCAGAGGACCCGAGGGAGUCUAGGAGUCCCGGACCAGAUGAGGACAGCGCCACUACCAAGCCCAGCUCCACCCACUUUAUUGGAAACGGCAUUAACGAGAACCUCAUCCCUAUCUACUGCUCCACGCUGGCAGCUGUGUUGGUCGGCCUACUCGCCUACAUCGUCUUUAAGAGGUGGAACAGCUGCAAGCAGAAUAAACAAGCGGCCAACAACAGAGCAGCCACAGCCAACCAGACGUCUCCGUCCCCGGAGGGAGAGAAGCUCCACAGCGACAGUGGAAUCUCUGUGGACAGCCAGAGCCUGCAGGAGCAACAGCAGCAGCAGAUGUGCGAGUCUCACACAUGCCCUCAGACACAGCUGCACGUGCCUGAACAGAUCGAUCAGUAA